AUGAGUGACAGAUAUCCGGAUCCGUUGAAAGCCAUUCCCAUAAUAGAGAGCAGAAUCAGUGAAGUAUUCAAACAUUGCAUAGCAUUGCCGUUUGCUUCACAAACAUACUUCAUAUGUGUGACCAAUGCUGUCGAUCCUGUGACCAAACCAUUAAUGGAUACAUCAGUCGAUGACAAUAACAAGAGACCGGGAACCAGACAGAGAUUAGUGAACCAAUAG